AGGUGAAGGAUGAGAUUUCGCACCCCGUAUGCAAAAAAAUAUGCAUCACCCAUUGUACACUAUCCCCCCACGAUUAGAAAUUAUGACAUGAUUACUUUUCCAUUUCCAAGUUAGUAGCAAUAGCAGUACCAAAUUUACAAACCACUUCACAUAUCAAAAUCCACCAGUCACCAUGUCGUGUUUAACGCGGCUGGUUUCGGAUUUCUUCUGGCUUUCCUGCCUCCUGCAGGAGUCGAUCUUCAGUUCGUCCGUCUCCCUCCUCGUCUCCUCCUACACCUAUCGGGUACAGGGGAGGAAAAAGCGGGUAAAAAAUGUGAACCUCGCGCAACAUUUGAAAUACAAGAAAAAUAAGAAGAAUGCAGCGGGCGCACGGACGAGGGCGGCGGAAGUGAACACGCCGGAAGCGGAGGUGGAAACGCAAUACGAACACUUGACAGCUCAAGCUCUCUCUGCAGAGGAAGCGGUCGGUGUAGAGAUUGAAAAAGCUGCUGCUCGUUCUGCCGAAGAACAAGUUGCAGAUUACCCUGAAAGGAGCUCCGCGUCCACUUUGCAGAAACAACAUUCCGAGUUGAACCUCCACGCUAGAAGGAAAUUCUCCCACCAACAUUCGUCCGAAAAUGAGGACGGCAACACCGACGCGGACGCAGAAAACGUCACAGAAACUGUGGGAAGGGUCAAGGCGAGGACAAAAUUCUCCUGGUGGUUCCGCAUGGCCUUGCUGCAGGUCAUCAUCUUUGGCGCGUCCGUGAUGCUCUGUCUGCUCACCUGCUGCGUCUGCGUCCGCCCCGUGGAAAUCCCCGACACGGGCGACAGCAUGAAGGGCGGCGAAAACUUCGGAACGGCCGCUCACAAGGCCUCACGCGGGAGCAAGAUUGGACAAGAACGAGGACUACAACCAGGACAACAGGUCGAUGUUCCUGCGUUGAAUUCGAGCGGGGAAACAAGCCAGAAAACCCGGCAGAGUCAGCAAGGUGAAGUCAAGCCGGGAGUAGAUGUUGUUGCGCAAGAACAAGCUGGUGCAGCAGCUACCGGCACAACUUUGAAUGACCUUAUUUCUGGCGGAGCGGCGGGAGCUGCUCCUACUAUUCCCGCCGGCCAGCAAGAAGAGCCGCCGGUCCAGCCGGGUACCAUUGCGCCCGAAGACGACGACUUUCCCGACGGCCCCGUGGUGGCCCCCGAGAGCUACGACAACCGCGGCUCCCCCGUGCUGGCUCCCGAGAGCUACGACAACCGCGCUGCCGUCGCAAAUCCGUCGACCGCCUCGCCUAUGGAAGCGUCCGGACUGAAAUCGUCAAAAUUGAAAUGAUUUCUCAUGCAUAAAUUGCAAGACACGAAAUGCCUCUCUUGCAGGGAUGGCAAGUGAGGCCGACAGUCAGCCUGUUUGGGGUCUGCGACAGAGCUGCCAAAAUAGCAUGACAAAAGGCGUCGCCCUUACCCGAACAGCAUGACAAACUGAAUUUUCGUUUUACCCAAAUUUGUCAUGCGCCACUUGGAAGCUAGGUUACAACUGGCAUCCAUUUUAUGCAUGGCAAAUCAUUCCAACUUUGACGAUUUCGAUUUUGACAGUUCCAUAUCGCCCCCGAGCGCAACAUCAAAAUCUGGCCGCGGCUCCGCGACGGGCGGCUCGGCCGCGAUCUCGGCGCUGGGCAGCGUGGCGGGCGGUUUUAAAGCGCUUCCGAGCGGCUUGGCAAUGGCGUCGAAGGCGCUGAUUGAAACGGACACAGGGGUUCCCACGAACAACGUGGAAUCUGGUCAGAUCACCUCCUACGCCCCCAAUAAACCAGAGGAGAAGAAGAAGAAGAAAAUUGUGAAGAAGAAGUCCUCGAAGCAACCACUGGACAGCGUGCGAGGCGCGUACGAGGCGGCGUCCGAAGGAGCGCAACUACUCAGUAAAAGCGGUAUUUUAUCGGGGGCGGCUCUCCCGAGUGGUGCGAAUUCGUCUGCGGCCAAAUCGACGUCGGGGUCGGCAAGCGCGAAGAAGCUUCUACAUCACCAGUCUACGACGUUUCUGCACCCCAUGGGGCCGUCCGAAGGCCCCGGGAUGCCGUCGGGAGCCGGGGUGCUGCUCUCCGGGGCACCCAUCCAGUCGGGCAUGAUGGUCCCCUCACCGGGGGGAGCCAAAGCCAUGUCGCAGCUGGGCAGCGCCAUGAAGGCGGCCCGGAAAAUCAAGAAAAAAUCCGCGCGGCGGAAAAAGACCCCCGGGCAAGGAGCGGGCGGCGAGACCUCGGGAGCGACCUCCGGAGCCACCUCCGUGACGGGAACCGAGAGCGGCUAUAAUUCCUCGAAGGGGAAGAGCACUAUGCAAGUACAGAUGAUUUUAUUUCCUGUACAUUGACAAGAAAUGGAAAUUGAAAUUAUGCAUGGAUUAGAUCAUGACAAAGACAAAUGAUUGGAAAGAGCAAGCCAUAGCCAAAAAUACGAAACGGAAACCACUUGCAACGCUGAAACUGAAUAGGGUACGCGCACAAACAGGGUUCUGUCAUGCAAUAUCACCAUUUGGAUUUCCUCGUAAUUGUAUGUGUACAGGAAUGAAUUAAUAAAUUUCCUCUCGAUAAGCCAAAGCCUGAAAAAGACGAGGAGCAAAGGCAAACUGAAGAAGAAACCCACCGGGGGGGACCUCUCGGUUACCUCGGGGGAGAUCACAUCGGGAAAGUCAGAGGGAAGCAGCAGGAGCGGGAAAAAUCGCAGCAUGAAGAAGAAGAUCAAGAAGAAAAAAACCAAUCCCGAAAUUCCAGCAGAGUAGGACAAGAAGUUUUGAUUGCACCGACCUCGUGCACAUAUGAUUCACAGGUCUUUGAUGCAAAACCAAAAUCAGCAGGAGGUGCAUGAUUAUAGAUACUACCAUUUAUUUUUUACGCGCAUUUUUUUUUUUUCAUAUCAUUUCUUUUUUUUUUCAUUUGUCAACGUCGAGAUUGUAAUAUUUUUUUCUGUUUUCUCUGCAGCAUUACCCCAAGUUCAAGCAAUAAACCUGUACGAAGACGACCCCAGCCUGAAAAAGGUUCUUCUUUCAACCCGGUUCAUCGAGUACAAUUUUAGAUUCAUGUAGGAGGAGUAGCAUGACAGCGUGCUGGCGCAAGAAAGUUUUCAGAAAUUUUUUAUCGCUCUGAUAGACAGUGCUGAAGAUGAAAAUGAAAACGCUGCUUGUUUGUUUCUCCUAUGGCGACCAAUGCUUUUGAUCAGAUUCGUAUAUCAUGAGCACGCGUUUUUUAUUGAAACUACAUCUUGUUGCUCCUCUGCGUUUCUUCUUUUUUUAUGAACAGUUUAGCAAGUAGAUUAUAUGGCUUCUUGACUUUGACACGACCCCAAAUAUGACAUUUCUUUCGAAAGCCAUUUCAUUUUCCGCAGAAAAAGUACCUAAAAAGAACAGCGCACGGUCACGGGUGUGGAAAAUCUUCGU